UGUAGCGAGAAUGUUUAGAGCUUGCUUGGCGCCCUUUAUACCCCAGUUCUAGAUAUUAUAGAUCGGGGCAAACGUGCUUUACUGCUUUCACGCACACUGGAGUCUAACAGUCUACUCAGCACCUAUAUAUWCAUGAUUAUUGCUUAGUAGUCGUGUGGUUUUGUAGUUCUAAAAAUUAUUAUCUGGAGCACAUUUCAUAUUUGGACUAACACAGACUUACAUCUACGUCAAAUAUAUUCAUUAAUAAUUACGAUAUUAUAUUAAAUGAACAUGGAUACUGUGACGGUUCACUAUUGGCCAACGGAAUCGCAGAGUUUAUUGAUACAACCACUUACACUUUUCCUCACGGUUACGCUCAUACUUUCAUCAUGUACAACACUUAUGUUAUGCACAUCUAUUUGGACCAAUCAUUGGGAAAAUAUAGAAUGGGAUUUUCAAGAAGCAAUAUCAGUUUUGAAAACACAGAAUACAUCGUCCAAAUGGUUUAAUAACGUAAAUACUGAAUGGCUAGUAAAUGGAAAUGCAUUAAAAAUUACAAUUAAUGAUAUAAAACCAUCACCAGCAAAUAAUGGAGAUGCCUUAUUAGAUUUGGCUACAGUAAAUCAAUACCACCAAACAGAUUUUUACGACAUACAACCACUAUUAUAUCAAACGGGAGAAACAACAGUUAUACUUGUACCAAUGUACAGUGGAAUUUGGACUUUAUGUAUCUCUCUAACAGAAGAUCAGUUAAUACAAUUGUACCAAGAAAUAAAUAAUAAAAUGCGAACGGUGCUACCCAAGUGUGUGAAUUAUUUAGCUGAAGAACCCCCAGAAGAAGAGUAUUUCAAACCAGACUGGCAUCAUAGAAUGCAAAAUAUGUCAAUAUCAUGUGCAUUGGUAUGCAUUAUAAUAGUCAUUACUGCAACAUUGAUUGGACUUUUUUCUAUUUUUCGUCAUCAAAUAAGUGCUAUGUUAAUUACUGCGGUGAUGUAUUUACUAGCAGCAACUUUUGGUUUGUUUACCUUGGGAAUAAUGCACAAUAAACAUCAUUCAAGAAAAACUUAUAGCCAGAAUAAUUGCUAUCAAACACUAGCACUUAUAGAUGGUAUGAUCAAUGCUGGUGGAAAUAUGUGUCAAACAAUGCAGUUUUGGGAACAGUUACUGACUGCUAGAAUAUACUCAUUAGGCUGGAGUGUAAAUAUGGGGUGGAUAGCAGUUAUUUUAUGUAUUUUAACUAGCAUUUUAUGGAUUAUUUUAUCUAAGAUAAUGAGAGUCACCAUAAAAUAGAUCAGACAUUAAAUCUGUUAAUCUAUAUUUAAA